UCUGAACGCACAAAUGAUUUACGAGAAAAUACUCCUAAGUAGUAGAACAUGAUAACUUUGAGUCAAUAUUUCCAACUUACUGAAACCAGGAAGAACUAAUCAUAAGCAGUAAGAAAAGGAAAACAAUGGAGUCUCGAACCAGCCACUGAUGCGCAAAGGUGAAGGGUCAUCAUGAAGUAAGAGUAAGAUGUCGGAGUUCACGACACAGUUGUGUAGACGCUAGGUUUAGGCGUGAUGUUACUAGUUUAUUUAAAUAAGAGUUAAAAAUAAAAGAAAAGGAAGUUAAAUGAGUGCUUUAUGUGGUCAACAUCUUUUCGGAUUCCUGUAAGAGAAAAGACAAGACGCCAUACUUUUUUAUGAAUAUCAAUCAUAAUUUGUUUUUAUUUGACUGCUAGAAAAAUCUAUUAAUAACCCUGACCUCAGAGUAACUUUUACUCGCUUAAAAUAUUUCUUAUCAAUAGGUGAUCCUCUUGUAUUUCUCCGGUGGGCACAUACUCUCCACGAUUUGAAUCUGAUAAAACUGAAAUAGAUGAACACUGCUUCAUGCCUUUUUUUCUUUCAAUUCUUCAUUUUUCUUCUUUCUUCAAAUUUCUCUUUUUAUUCUUACUUCUUUGAAAUAGUAAUCUUCUUUGUCUUUAUUUCAGGUGGUCGACAGGGGACUUAACCUUCGCGAACCUAGCUUUUUUUAAAAAAGGGGCAUCAAAGGGAAAUAACUGCUGGAAACUAUUCCUUGUCAAAAGUUAUCCCUAACUUCCCUGUAAAAACUAGAUUUGCUUGCAGAUAUUAAGAGACAAAAUACCAGGAAAAUGGAGCAGCGUCACCACGAGGUCAAAGUUCCAUCAAGUCGAAUACAGCAGCAUUGUGAGAUACAAGAGGAGGUUACAGUAUAAAGACAGAUUGAAGAAAGGAGCAGACUGACACGAUAAAUAAAUAUCCUUUACUUUAUAAUAACAUCUAUUUGUAAAUUCAAUGGUAAAUUUGUUAAGGUCAUUUCAUUACUUCCAGUGGAAUGCAGACGAUGGCUAAUAUUUCCCGUUGACAAUAAACCACACAUUGUCCACAUCUCAGUAAAACAGAAACUUGUCACUUGAUUUCAAGUGGUGCAGGGACACGGCUGAAACUAAAAGUUGUUAUGAGCUGUGUGUAAUGAUCUUAGCCUUGAGACACAUAUCUUUAACAUGAACACGGGACAGUCAUUUAUUUUGUUGUCAGUUUGUGCUGUUGGGACUUUGACUUCUGACAUGACACAAUGCAGCAAGAUACAGUUUCUAGGCUUGCCAGACCAGGAUACAAUCACAGUGGAAAACGGCAAAAAGCUGAGUGUGACAUUUUAUGUGAUUACCCAUAAAUGUCGAGAGCAGUCCAGCCGAAAAGUCAUCCAGCUGACGAAGUCUGAAAAAAACUUCACUCUACAUGUCUGCAGAGUUAUUCUAGAGAACCAAACGUGUGGUGUCUCAGGCUCUUCGUUUCACUGCAGAUGUCUGAACGGGACGGUUGCCCAGCUCCACAAGAUGGCGACAUUUUCAGACGAAGGGACGUAUGGAUGGUUCUUUGCCGACAAAAAUAAACUGGAACGAAACAUCACAUUUCAUAUCAUACCUGCAUCCAACACAGUGAACUUUGCACUGCCUGUGUCCGUUGCUGUACUGUUCGCUGUCUUCUUUGUCGUCGCUGCGGCUGCUGUGCACUGGACCGUUCGAGGAAAAAGACAGAGUGGCGAAAGAGGAAACUUCGAUGAAGUCAUGAACAAACAGCCGCCAAGUAAGGAUCAACUAAUGUUCAGACAUUGUGAGCAGGACAUCAGUUUUUACGACGAGGUACAAUAAGUUGAGAUUUGCCGGCAAAGUCAUCUUCAAAUCUCAAGAGACCAGCUACAAAAACUGUUCAGACAUUAUUUUCCACUUGUAUAUAUUUAUAAAAACUCUAACAGGUUUUUAUGUACAGUUUAGAAGUUAAUGUGAAAUAAGUACUUAAUGUAGGUUAAGAGAAACAACCUGGUCCACAGAAAAUACUUAGUUUCGUAAUGACUGGAGUUCAGUAAAAAUUUUAUUUUUCCAAACAUGGGUGAAUACAUUUUCCACUUCAUGUCUGCAUCGUUGACGUCUUUCUCUGAACAUUUACAACCUAAAGACCAAGUAGUCUUACUGAAUGAUGUUCUCGAGAUGGCAUGGUGUGGCGCAGAGAGAGAGAAACAUCCCUAUUAGGGGCAGCUAACUAUAUAACUAAUAUUUGUUCAUCAAUGGAAGAUUAAGGCCAAUGUAAAUAUGUUUGGCUUGAUAUAAUCACUAGUAUAACAAGUUGUUAGGAUUAUAUUAAAACUUAUUAGACGGGUAUAUCAGGUCAGAGAUACCCUUCAAUUUACAGCCACAUACACUCCAGUGGAACGCACUGACACCCAGGAUAAAUUGUCUCCCUUGCUGUAUUCCUAAAGAUGACAUUUUCCAAAUUAUUGGAUUUGCAAAAGUGAUGUGAACAAGAACAAAUAUGGCUUUAAAUAUUUUUAAAAAGAGCAAGAAAGGAUGAGAGCAUGUAUGUGCAUAUGUAUAGGAUUAGCCUUAUUACUCUUUCUUUUGUUCCGAUUGCAUUGUCACUUAGUCAA